UGAAAUGGAGGAGUUUCGACAACUAAAAGCCAGUGGCAAGCUUCCUUUCAAUCAACUUCCCAUUCUCGAGGUUGAUGAUAAAAUUUUAGCGCAGACACCCACGAUCAUCAGGUACCUUGGCAGGGAAACAGGAUUUGCACCUAUCAACAGUUUUGAUAUUGCAAAAGCUGAUAUGAUUGGCGAUGCAUUGACCGAUACCUUGCAAAAGGCCCAUAAAGCGUAUCUCGAAGAUGAAGAACUUAAGGUAUUAAUCAAUGUGGCUGAUUUUGGUGUUGAUGAUAACAGCAAAUUAACGCUGUGGGACACUGCUGGAGAAGAGAGGUUUAAAUCUUUGACUAGUCAAUUUUAUAGAAAAGCUGAUGCGGCCAUAAUUGUGUUUGAUUUGACAUUUGCAAGAUCUUUCAAUGAAGCAAAAGAUUAUUGA